AUGGGUCGAUAUGGUCAAGUGUUAAAUAUGGCUACGAACCUUAUACUUGUCCUACUAACCAUACCGUUAGCUAAAAUAUUGGAUCUUGAAAAUGAGGAGAGGAAUCUUUUAUAUGUUCGUAUCACUUAUGGAUCAGUGCAAGCUUUGAUAAUAUUCCUUUGUUUUUAUAUCGCUGCCAAGAUAAAGGAAAAAAAUGACAUUACUGAACUGAGUUACGUUGAACCAGCAAAACCCUUCCCGGUCUCGAAAGAACCUCCUAAAAUGAUUGAGACCACUAUUCGAGAUUACGAUCUUGAUAAAAAUAAGGAAGUUCUUAAUCAAACGUUUACGAGUUUAGCACUUAUCAUGUUCUUACAUUUUUACUUGGGUUUGAAUCAACCUUUACUCGCUCAAUCGAUUUUACCAUUAAAGAAUAUCUAUCAACAACAAAUUGUUCAAAUUCAUUUAUUGGGUAAAGAAGUAAAAAGACCAUUUAAGACUGUUAGUCUUUUUGAUUUGACCGACUCUUCUAAUCAAACAGAUAAAGUUGCUUUCAAAAAAAAGAAGCAGUAA